AUGAAUCGUUCGUUGAUACUCAUAUCUUCUGCGUUGCUGGAUGGGAGUGUGAAAGUUAUUGCGGUUACUAGAACAGAACAGUUACUAUGUAUUAUCUAUCUUUCUAAUUUUGCGUAUGGUAAACAUUUUGUGUUUGCACGCUCCUUUCAUUCAAAGUGCGAAAGGUGUAAAGGUGUAAACUUUACUUUUUUAGACUCUUCGCAUUGGAGAGUUGCGUAUACUUUUUCAAAAUCCGGUGUGAAAGCUCCAUUGGCAUAUAUAGCAGUAAAUGAUACGAGAAAUCCAGAAAUGGAGGAAGGUGAGGAUGAAGAAGCAGGAUCUAGCACUGAACUUAUGGAAGAAGAAAAAAAGUUGAUGCUGGAACACUGUAAAAAGCUUCUUCAACUGCCAGAUUUUGUGAUGGAACCUCAGAUUGAAGCUGUGUUAGGAACGUAUUUCCAGUGUGGGGGUGACCCGGAAACUGUUGUAGAGUCGCUUUGCGAAAAUUAUUCUUGCAUGGGCCAGAUUGGGAACAUUCUUUCUGAUUGGAUUGGCGACCUUGAGCCUGAUAUAGCAGUUGUACAAGAUUGUCUUGAAACGACACUGAGCACUCUUAUUUGUAAACACUUUCAACCCGAACUUGCUGACAAAAUAUUUGAAGCCGAAGGAGGCCCGGGAAUUGAAUGGCUUCCGGAUUUAAUUUCUCAUGGGCCUUGGCGUCGUUUAGUUUAUCAGUUAGCUGAGCAGUACCCUCAUUGUUUGAUGCUGAAUUUUGCUGUUAAGCUCAUCUCUGAUGCAGGUUUUCAGCACGAAAUUAGUAAUGUUAACACCGCUGCGCAACAGCUUGAAAUUUUUUCACGAGUUCUACUGUCUGCUAUUGACGAAGUACUUGCGGAACAUAGAAGAGGUCUGAUGACUGAAAAGUAUGAAAAAGCCUUUGAAGAACUUGCUAGAGUUGUUUGUCACAGUGAACAUACUUAUUUAUACACUCAAACGUUACUGCGCGUCAUGAGUCAGGAGGAAAGUGGAAUGCGUGCCGCUGCUUGUGCUCAUCUUUCCCAAGCGCUUCAUAAGAUGGCCCAUGAGCGGGAGCAAGACACUGCUGCGCUUUACGUGGCUCUCUUACAGUUCAAUGAAGAAAAGAUUCCUCCAAACUUAAUUCAAGCAAUGCAUACAAUGAUGAGUAAACAGUGUUUGAAUCCUGCAGACAUUACUCUUCUUUACCAGCAAUAUGCAUCUCCAAACCCUCCUCCUGUUGAGCUAAUCCGAGAGCCGCUCUUUGUGGAUUUGUUGAUUGACUCACUGUUUUCUUAUGAAGGCGUGAAGGUUCAUACCGAUCAUCGUCCUAAAUAUGUGUAUUUGUUGGCUUACGCGUCUUGCGUUGGUGAGCAACAGGUGGAUGGGCGAAGUAGUCAGCAGCUGGACAGCACAAGAGACGGAGUUGAGAGGCUUGUUACACUUCUGGAGUCUGCCGAAGACCUUUUGAAGGAGUUGCAACAUCUUAUAUACAGCAUUCGAAUACCAGUGGUUGCUGCAGGACUUUUGCAUUACGUAAAAGGUUAUUUGCUGAGUGAGGAUAUGAUAGGGGAACCGGAGCCUGUGCAUCUUGUUUUGUUGGACCAAAUUGCUUCUUCACAUCCUAAUCUACAUUUAAGGGUGUUUCAAAUGUUGUGCGAGCUUUAUGAUCGACAGUCAUCAUUGAAUGAAGCUGCUGAGGUUAUCAUGGAAAGACAGAGAAAUGUUAUUGAUAGAUUCGUUCAUCUGCUCUCUGUUGGUUUGGCUUUGCCCGUGGUAGAAAAAGUUAAUAGAAUGUUUCGUGACGGACAGAUUGAUAUUUCUCUCGUUAGAUAUUUUGCAGUCGAAGUUCUAGAGAUUGUUUCACCACCAUAUUCACAAGACUUUAUAGAUGUGUUUCUACCGAUUGUUGCUAACCAAGAAAUUUUCGAUCCUAGUGGUCAUGAAAAAAUGCCUGCUGCAAAAGAAUUUAUUGAUCAUUGCACAGCAACAGCUGCGUAA